UGCUUGAUGAGAAGUUGUAACUGUCAAGAGAUACAUAAGGCAGUUGGAAAAAGGUUUUGGAUUUGGUUGAAUUGAGGUAUGAAGGAGGAUUCUGACUGCGCCGAAGAAGCGGAGAAGAAGCGGAGAAGAACAAUAGUGACAAUGGAAGAGGAGGGGUGGAAGGGGAAGAGAUCCUCCGAUCCACGUCCAUGCACGGAGUGCGGCAAGAAGUUCUGGUCGUGGAAGGCACUCUUCGGACACAUGCGAUGCCACCCUGAGCGUCAGUGGAGAGGGAUCAACCCUCCGCCCAACGCAAGAAGACAUCAUCAACAGCAGCAGCAGCAACGACAACAGCAACAACAGAUGACGAUGAUAAUGAGCCAGGAAGACCAAGAGGUGGCUGCCUGUUUGCUUCUGCUGGCGAAUUCCAACAACAGCAACAGAGAGAAAGGGAAAGAGAAAGAGAAGGAGGAAGAGGUUCAGCAGUGGCAGUUCGAGUGCUCGAGUUGCAACAGGGUGUUCGGAUCGCACCAGGCUCUUGGAGGGCACCGUGCGAGUCACAAGAACGUGAAGGGGUGUUUUGCGAACACUGGUAGUAAUGUAAGCAUAGGGUUAGGCAUUGGAAGUAGCGGGAAGUGUGAGGAGGAGAACGUGAACAUGAACAUGAACAUGAGUGGUGAUGGUCACAAGUGCAGCAUAUGCCUGAGGGUGUUCUCCACAGGGCAAGCACUUGGUGGGCACAAGAGGUGUCAUUGGGAGAAUCAGAAAGGGGAAAACCUUCUCCUCCUUGACUCACCCAAGUCCUCCCUCGACUUGAAUUCUCCUCCCCUCACUCUCGAUUUGAGGUUGGGACUCUAG